AUGGGACGGACAACACAAUCCCAAGGCCUAGCACCCCCUGCCAUCCGCAAAUAUGUCCGUGCGAAACAAGCUCGUCAAAUUGUAAACCAAAUCGUCCCAGCUAUCCUAGCUUCAAACGUAAGAGCAAGGAAUGGCGUUGAAGGUAGUGAAUUAAUUGUUGAUCCACCAGUUGCGCGAGAGUUUGGUGUCACUGGCUCUAAAAAGGAAGGGAGUGGAAGUACAGAGGUGGUUUAUGUUAAGCGGAAAGGGCAGGGGAGACGUAGGAUUAAAAAUGUUGAGGAUGAGGGCAAGGAUAGGAGAAGAGAUUCUUUGGAUGAGCGAAUAGCGAAGCUCUCAUUGGCCUUGGAUCCAACCCAAGCAUCUCCCACAUCUUCCAACCCAAUGCGGAUCAAAAUAAUCGUAACGGAUACUCUAACCGCAUCACACAUUCUGACAUUCCCAUCAAAACACCCCUCCUUCACCCUAUCCUCAUCCUCAUCAUCAAACGUAUAUCCACCCACCUCUCGCAAAAACAAACCAAAUACCUGCAUACUAAACAUGGCCUCCCCGCUGCGCCCCGGCGGUGGAACUCUCUCUGGAGCUACAUCGCAAGAAGAAUUCCUCUGUUCGCGAACAACACUGCUGCCAUCUCUCCACGAAUCCUUCUACCGGCUCCCCGAUAUCGGCGGAAUUUUCACGAAAGAUGUGCUUGUUUUCAGGAAUGCAAGAGUGCUAGGGGAAGCGAGUGGGGAGUUGGAGGAGGAGAGGUAUUGGGUUGAUGUGGUUUCGGCGGGAAUGUUGCGGUUUCCGGAACUCGAGGGGGGAAAGAGGUUGGGGAAGAAGGAUAGGGAGGUCGUGGAACGUAAGAUGAGGGCUGUGAUGAGGAUUGCAUAUUCAAAAGGUGUAAAGAAGAUGGUACUGGGGCCUUGGGGAUGCGGUGCUUAUGGGAACCCUGUCGCCGACAUCGCGCAAGCGUGGAGGAAAGUUUUACUCCCCGACACGGAGUUGAAAAGGGAGACGAUAGGUGAGGAGCCAGAGAGGUGGGAGCAUAUUGAGGAGGUGGUAUUUGCAAUUUCUAAUGCGAAGAUGGCGGGAGAAUUUGCUACUGCAUUUGGGUGUAAAAUCGCUGUCGAGCUUGGCCCUGGAGGAGAUGUGGAUGAUGGCGAGGCGGAAGAAGAGGAUAAGGUAGCCAAGGAGUUGAGAGAUAAGAUAAGGGAAAUGGAAGUGCAGAUCGAGGAAGUUUGGAAUGCGGAUUUAAAGACUAGGAUGGGUGUUAUUCUGGAGGGCUUGAGAACGCAAUUAAGAGAGAGGGAGGGAAACAACUCGGAAGAUAAAGGGAAUGGCGACGAGGACGACGAGGACAGGGGAAGCGAAAUUCUUGAAGCCAAUUCGGAUGAACGAGGGGAACAUGGAGAAACAGCGCAGGCCAGAUAUCAAGAUAGUGAGGACGAGGCUGAUGCAGAUGAUGGUGGGUUUCAACUUUUUAGGAGAUAGGUCGCACUCGAUCCCCA